AUCCCACAUUCAGUUUAAUCCAAUUUAGCCGAAUAAUAAGGUUUUAAAUAGGUCGAAAAGAUCAAACGUUUUAUAUUUACCCGCCAGUAAAAAGUGUUAUGGUUGGAAAUAAGCUCGUCUGAAACGGUGAUUUUUCUAGAAAUUGUACAAUACCGUUCUCGUAAAACGUCGUUAUUGACACAGUUGUCGCAUUUAACGUCUUAUAAAAUUUAUUAUUAAACUUCAGUCGGCCAUAGUACUCCCGUCUAAUUUAUAAGCGUUAGAGAAAAUCGUCCCGAAUUUUGGUAACAAAUAUAUUAGUGGACUAAUAUAUUUGUCCCAAUUCUUUAAAUUUUAAAACAAGUUUUACUUUUUUUAUUAUUGCAAUCAAAAUGUUAGAUACUACAUAUUUAAAUAAAAUAAAAAAAAUAUUAUUCAAGUAGAUACACUAUGUAUAAAAAACACCAGAUUAUCUUGCGUUAUGACAAAUUAUCUCAUAAUGCCUUCCAGAUCGUAUUUCGGUCACUACCAGUCUCAAAAGAGACUAGCCAGAACAACGAAAGAAUUAUAGUGGCUGAGUGUAUGCACAAGCACAGGUGCACUCUCUAUUCCCUUAUUCUCAUAGGCCGAUGGACCGCUAAUCCGACACGGCUGGAGAGUGAUCAGGCGCAGCACCAACAGCUUUACGUUCUUUCCGACGCAUUGAGGUGAAACACCGCCAACUUCCUGACUCUGGGUUGCUACUGAGAAUUUCUUGAAAAAUAAACCUAAUACCUGAUUUUGGCCCAAACCGCGUUCAAACCCGGGAACUUAUUGUCAGCAAUUGCAUUUACAACCACUAGACCAAUGGGUUCAGCAAAAAUUAUCUCACAAAGUUAAUACGACGACUGUUUUUAAUGUAAUUUAAUAGACUUUUUUAACGUAGAUCGGACCAAAGAUUAAUAUUCAAAAACUGAAGGUAGCCGGGAACUAUGACAUCGGGACAUCAAAUAUCUCAGUCCCCCGUGACCAUGGGUGCUAUAAAACACCCGAAACGUCGGGAAUUAAAAAGUUAAAUUAAACGCGAUAAAAUCCGUAAAAAAUUGUUUCAUUUAACAGAAAAGGAGUGGUCUUUCAUCAUGAUAACGCUAGACCACACACAUCUUGGAUACUCAGCAAAAAUUGAUAGAGCUUGAUUGGGAAGUGUUAAUGCAUCCACAUAUAGUCCUGACUUUGCACCCUGUUCCGGUCUCUUUAGAAUUAUUUGGGUAGUAUUAGGUUAACAUCAAGCGAGGACUGUCAAAACUACUUCUCGCAUUUUGUUGAUUAUAAAUCCCAAGAUUUCUACAGCAAUGGGAUUAUGUUACUACCUACAAGAUGGCAACAAGUUAUUGAUCAAAAUGGCACAUAUAUAUUAUACAUAAUGAAUUGUAUAUAAGAUACGAAGAAACUUUUUCCCCGACCUUAAAUUUUAUAUUUAUUUACACAUUAUUUAUUUAUUUUUAGCAGAUUUUUUAACACCUGCGAACUUUUGUUUCUCAAUUUUGAGAAACCGUGGUAGCACGUUAGUGUUCUGGGGGUAGUAAGUGGUAUAUCAGGGACGUGCUAAUAGUCAAGUAAUGCGAUGGAAGCGGCCCGGUCGGGUUCCAAAAGAACAUCCCGGGACCCUCGUUUGUUCCUGGCCGAGCUGGGUGACCAUUGUCAGGAUUUAGCCGAUAUAAGUCCGGCACCUUUUCCAUGGCCUCGCAGCAGAAGGUAUCCAUCAGGAUUUCCUCACAUAGAAGGUACGACAAAUAGUGAUUUGGAAAUCGCUGUAUGCUUUUGUUUUAUACCGUCACGGUCUAGCGACGGGUGAAGGUCGGUGACUCAUCGAUCCAUUAUAAAGCGAUAUGGUUGUUUUAAUUUUUUAUCAACAUUUUACCAAAUUAAGAGUACCUUUAACCGACAAGCGUGUAUGCAUAGUUAUAUGGAUGUUGAGGAAGCCAGAGAAGUGUGUUAGGAUCGUGUCAAAUGGAAGUCCAUAGUCUCUGCCUACCCCUCUGGGUGACAGGCGUGAGUGUUUAUGUAUGUUUGUAAGUUAACAUAAAAAAAUUGUUGAGGAUCGUAGUCCUAGGUUUGAAUACUGGAUAUGGGAUGUUGUGAAGUAGUUGUGAAGAACGAAAAAGUUGUUACAUAUUUGUCAUAGCCAUUUGCUGUUGUGUAUCCGAUCUAGAGCAGAACAUCUGUAGCAUUCUUUAUUUGAUGUUGGUUGCAGGUGUCCAUGACCUGCAGCAGCCACUUAUCAUCAGGUGGACUAUAAGUUUGUUGGUCACGUUUUUUUUAUAAAAAAUUAUCAUCAUAAUGAUCUUAAUAACAGCCUACCAAAUGUCAAUGCUUAUUAAAGGCCUCCACUAUUGGGAUAGGGACGGAAUUAAUCCAGAUAGGGAGGAGGGGGGGGGGGGAUUUUGGCAAUAGUUGUCACCCGUGAUAAGUUAAUUGGCAUCCACAGUUUCUUAUUAUUAUUUACUAUUAACGGGAAGAUGCUCUGUCUAAAUUAAUUUCGCAACAUCUGCCGCUACUUUUCUAUAGAAUAAAGGUGACACAUGAGCUCACAGUCCACCACGGUAAGCGAAUGCUGUGGCACAUUGAUAUAUGUAACUAUCUUCGAUUAAGAAUCAAAAUGUAGAUGCUUUGUCACCCCUGAGGACUAAGAUGGAAUGCAUAAUUUCCAGUAAAAAUGGGUCACUGGUUCUUUACACUCACCACACGAAACACAGCAGCAUUAAGCUGGUAUUUUGCGCUGGCAUUCUGUGAAAACGUAGUGCUUCAGACACAUUUGUACUACAAUUAUAAUAUAGCGGCAGUAAGGCUCUACCACAUCAAAAACUUACUAGGAGAGCCCGAAAAUUUGGUCUUCCCCUCAGGUUGCUUCCUAGGGGGAUUUUGCCAUAUGAUGUGGUGGAUUUUCACUCCGUCAAAACACGGCGGAAUUUCUAUAUUAAAAAAAUCUUUUAUUUUCCUUCUGGAUCAUUUCUUUGGUUCAGAAAGUGUGUUUAUUAAAUACUUAUUAAACAAAACACUGAGUUCAAGUCUGCUAAACGAGUUUAACGAUUGUUUCUAAAAACGGCUUUUACUAUUAAGUACUUUGCUUUUGAUAAUACGUAGAAUAUAGAAUUCGAGAAUUGAUAUAAGUUGUUUAUGUCUGUGUGCAGCAGUAGCCACACACUAUUAAGUGUCAUCAACAUAACAAUUAAAUAGUACAGUGAAACGUAUUUAGACAACCAUGUGUCCUAUAUUAUAUUUAACAGUGGAAGAGCCACGCGGCAGCUUUUGCUGUCGCACGAAUGGGCCGGCUCGAACCGGGGUGGUACCACGACCUCACAGAAAACCAGCGUGAAGUAGAGGUAUACCUCUGCGUUUCGCUUGGUGAGUGCAGGUGGCCGGAGGCCCUUUUUACUGGAAAUGAGGCAUUCCAUCUUAGUCCUCACGGGUGACAACGCAUCUACAUUUUGAUUUGUAAUAGAGGAUAGAUGUAGAUGUCUAUGGGCCGCAGCAACCACUUACCAUCGGGUGGACUGUGUGCUCGUUUGUCACCCUUAUCAUAUAAAAAAAAAUGUUUUAUCAAAUCAUCAUUGGAAGUCAUAUGUUAUUUGUGACUAAUUCUAAAAAUAAUUUGAUCUAAAAAGGUCUUUAAGUUAAAGGCUUGUGCUUGUAAUGAACUACAAAUCAAAGGUCAUGACCGUGGACAUAAAGCGUAAAAAAUUUCCGAUUGCGGUCAAUUUGGUUGAGCAAGUGUUUCCAAUUAAGACGUCACCACUGCCGCUGUGCUGCAACCGGUCAGUGUUCACCAGUUGGUUGUUAACUGCACCCUGCACUUGGAUAGCAAUGGCCCGGACACCUGUCUGGCUGUUUCUUUGCCUAAUAUCCGCGGUGGGUAAGUAUAUUUUCAAAUACUUUUGUUCUGUUGCCCAAAGGGAUAUUUUAGGACCACAACUAUUUCUUUAUUUCAUCAAUAUUGAUAACUAUGAAUGCGUGGUUGAGUGGUUUUUUUUAAUAAUUUGUUCAUUGUAUAAUUUUUUGAUUACAAGUAAUCAAGUCAGAAUCUAUAAAAAUGAAGUUUUACAUUUCGCAAAGGAUUAUUUGAGCAAUAUAGCUAGAUAGAAGUGUUUGUCUUUUUUAUUAUUUUUAUUGCGGUAACAUCUUUUAAAAAGUAAACAUAACAUAAUAUAUCUUAGAGCAGAUAGUUUAAAAAGAAAACUGGUUUCAAUUUUAUUUAUUGAUUUUAUUUACAAGAAGAGAACGACUGAUUGUUUAUGAAUUGUAAAUAAUUGAUGACCAAGAUUUAAAUUCUGGACCAAUGAUUCAGAAAAUGGACACAGUGACUUGUAAAUAUUCGAAAAGCAUAACAUUACUGCUGCAGAUAAUAGAAAUAAAGACUAAAUUGAAGUUUAAGAAAACGUAAGCUCUAACCAGUAGCUUGUUUAUUUAAACGCUAUGAUUUAGUUACAGUUUAUUUUGUUGUAACCCUGAAUUUGAAUUAACAUUUCAAUAUAGCAAAAAUAUUUGUAAAAAUUUACAGAAUUUCAGAAGCUUGAAAGUACAGCAUUAUUAAGUUUGGUACUUUUCCUCUAGGCGGCUGUUUCAUUAAGUAUAUAUUUUUAUAUUUGUUUGCUAUUGCAUAUAGUAAACAAUUUUAAAUAAGCUUGUUUAAAAAUUAUUUAGUAAGCUGCAUCUUCAAGUACAUAUUAUGUUUUUAAUAUUUUAGAACUUCAAGAGGCCGCGGAAGGAGAAUGUUGCGUAGAAGAAGUCCAAAAUGCGAUUACCGAUGUUGAACUACAGGAUAUAGAAUUAGAGAAAGCAUGUCCAGAACUCAGUGGUCAAAUAAUAGGUGGCAGACCUAGUUCAGUGACUAGGCACCCAUAUCAAGUGUCUAUGGUGAUCAAUAGAAAUUCCUUUUGUGGAGGAUUCAUUAUAAGCCGUGAUUACGUGCUCACGGCAGCGCAUUGUGUUUUAAACACAAUUCCUUCCGCUAUUCGUCUCCGAGUGGGCAGCACACGUCGCGACUCCGGUGGCCGUAUCGUUGCUGUUUCCAACGUGACCGUUCACCCUCAGUACGGUAGGCCUCGGUUCGACAACGACAUCGCAGCGUUGCGACUUGCUAGACCUCUUAACUUCAAUGCAGCAAUCCGACCGAUACGAUUGCCCCAGCCGCAGCAACCUGUGCCUCUAGUUCGGUUGACGGUUACAGGCUGGGGUCUUACUGCACCUCGUGGUCGACGGAUUCCUCGUAUAAUGAUGGAAGCGAAAGUGCCGGUUGUUCCUCACUGGUUGUGUCGUUUAUCUUAUGGUGACGCUCUCACUAACAACAUGUUCUGUGGUGGACAUUUUCUUAUAGGCGGUGUGUCUUCAUGCCAGGGUGAUUCCGGCGGCCCAGCUGUGUUUCGUGGAACAGUAUUUGGCGUGGUCUCUUUCGCGCGUGGAUGCGCGUUGCCACUGUCUCCCACUGUGUUCACCAAUAUAGCGGCGCUGAGAGAUUGGGUCACAGAGAACACCGGAGUAUGAACGCGGCCGGAGGAAACUAAACUCUGUUGCAAGAGUCCACGAUUCAUUUUACAACAAUCACAUCUGUGAUAUAAAUAUAUCUGAACAUAAAUACUCCCAGAUGCUUUACCGUCUUCUGUUAAUGUAGACUUUGAUUGUUUAUUUUGUUAUAUUUUUUAAAUAAAAUUUAUCGAAUAAUAUUGUU